GGGGAAUUAACUUCGCUAAGUUUGACGGUUGGUAGCAGAAAAAUGCACAAACAACUGUGGUGUGGACGCCGCGGGGUGUAAAGAAUAAUUGUAUAAGAAAGAAAAAUUAUUAAAACCAUUGGAAAAGUAAAGUUUCAAGAAUUAAAGGUCUGAGCGACCAUGGGCUCAAAGCGCUCGAAGAAAUCGAAACAGGAACAAGAACUGCUCUCAGAUGUAAACAACAGUGACACCGAUGACGCUCUCGAGCCCGAAAUUAGGGAAAUUAUCGAAAACGGCGUGGUCCCAACAGUCCCCAAGGCCCCCAAGAGAAAAAAGAAGAUCGAGGGUCUGGACGAAGUGCCCAGGAAAGUCAAAAAGACCAGUGAGAGUGAUAGUGAACCCAAAAAAUGCAAAAAGCGAAAAGUUAAGUUUGAGAGCGUGUCGAGUAGCGAGAGUGACGACAAACCUGUUGAAAAUCACCAGGGUGACAUUCAGAAGACUAUCAAAAGCGAGGCUGGAGAGAAAAGAAAGGAAGAGAUUACGUGGCCAGACGCUGACAUUGUUGAACUGAUCAACAGGAUUGAAAGCAACAUUCCAGAAAAAGACGCAUUAUCUUACAGGUCCCGUGUCGACAAACUAAAUUGGAACAACAUUGCUUUUAAUAAUUACACCUCCGAACAGUGCCGAAAGACCUGGCUGCAGGUGCAGAAAAGGAUUCGGCGGUUUCGACUGUUACGUGAACUUAUCAAUGAUGCUAGAGAAUGGAUUACAACUCCGAAAACUAAUCAUAAAGUUGCUGCCAGACCUCGGAGACAUCCAGAUAUGCCCCGAAGGCCUCUCUCUUCAUACUUGCUAUUCUUCUUAAAGAAAAAGGAGCAGAUUCUUAGUGAAAAUCCGGGUCUUGAUGCGAGUGACCUCAGUAAAAUCGUCGGUCAGAUGUAUAAAAACCUUCCACCGGAAAAGCGGGAAAAGUACGAGAAAUUGGCAGCCACAAACCGGGAGGAAUAUGUGGAAAAAUUAAAAACAUUUUUUGAAAAUCAUCCCGAAUUAGUGCCACCACAACGACUGAAUGUGAAAGCGGAAAAAGAAAAGUCUCCAAAGAUUGAAACUUCGCCGCCACCACCACCGCCGCCGCCGCCACUCCCGAAAGUCGAAAAAGAAAAGCCGGUGAAAUUAGAGAAAGAGAAGGUGCCAAAACUGGAGAAGGAGAAGCCGCCAAAAGUUGCAAAAGAAAAACCGAAAGCGGUGAAACCGAGACGGCCAGGCCGGCCAGUUGACAAAAGUAACCGACCGCCAAAAAAAUGUCAAACUCCUUUUGGGCUAUAUUACGCCUCCGAAUUGAAAAACAUGGAGCCAGGGACUGACAAACAAGCUUUUAGAGAAAAGUGCAAAGCGCAGUAUAAGCAAAUGUCGGACAAGAAGAAGGUGGUUUGGAUUAACUUAGCCGAACAAGACAUGACUAGAUAUCAAGAGGAAGUCAAUGCGUACAAGUUGAAGAACCCGGAUUACAAACCCAACAAGUUCAGGUCCAUACUCACGAAGCGGGAAAAAGUGUCGAAAGAGAGGGCGCAGGGAAAACCCGCGAAACCGCCAAACUCGGCGUACGCCCUCUUCUCCCGAGUGAUGCUCCAAAGUGAGCAAAUCAAAUCUGUGAAUCCGAAGGACCGGAUGAAUUAUAUCGCGAAUAAGUGGAAGAAUUGCACGGAGGAGGAGCAAAACGCGUACCGAGACCAAGUCGUCACACUAAUGGCGAAGUACAAGCAAGACUUCCAGGCGUAUGUGGAGACGUUGCCUGAGGAAGAACAACGCAAAAUUUUAGCUCAAACCAAGCGCGACCGUCGCCGCACCGGCCGCCGUCGCAGCAGCGACACAAGCCCUAGAAAACGCAAGAGUGUCAAAAACCCGCCUAGGAAGCUUAAAUUUGCGGAACCAGAGCAACCCCCAAUAUCACCUUGUAAAUAUUUCGCCACGUUAUACAAGGGCGAAGAUGACCCGACCCAGGCUUGGAAGCUGCUCAGCGCGGAGGAAAAACGCAAAUACGAGGAAGAAUUAGUGAAGAAGAAGCAAGCCUACAUCGUCGAAUUUGAGAAGUUUUUGAAGAGUCUCAGCAAAGAGGAGUUGGAGGAGUUUUCGCGAUCGCGCCAGCAACAAGCCCAGACUGAUGACGAGAGUUCCGAAUGUUCGUCUGGUUCUGACGGGGAGGAUGAAGACGACGAAGGGGAUGAAGGCCAAAAUGAGGGGCAUGACUCAGAGAGCGACUAACUUUAUAUUUGUAUGUGAAUUUUCUGUUUUCAAGCCUUAGGCAACGUGACUCACAUAUGAAUGGCAUUGAUUGAUUUGUAGUGUUGUGUGAAAAUGUUCUAUUUUGUGUAGUGGUUCGUGUCAAUUUAUAAAACUUGUAUAUACCUGUAUUCGUUUUGUAAAUACUUAUAACUAAUGUAAAAAUCAUAUUCACAAUUAAUUACUCCACGACCACUUCAAACGUCGCUUUGAGUAACAAAUUUUUCUUACGUUCUUAUAUUCAUUUUUAGAGUCUGUGACAAGUGAUUGAUUGUAACCACUUACAGAACCAAAUGCAACUGUUUUUUACAAUUUUGAAUUAUCAACAGUAGUUCGUGAGAGUGAUAGUUACCGACUUUUUCCAUCAACACUGCACGAAAAAAAAGCAUUUCGUAACAGUUGGUUUUUGUCCGAAAGUUCUGCAAACAUAAAUAUUUUGUAUUUAAUUUGAAUGUUUUAUUUUAAUUAGGAUUGUAAAAGUUGUACGGUUUGGAAGUUAAAUGUUAUGCUCUGAAACUAAAUAAGUAAUUACACAGACCGGAAAUUUGUUUGUUUUAGGAAAUCAUUUUAUAUUUAAAUUUAAACCAGAGCUAUAUGUAAUUUUUUAAUUUAAGAGACAAAAUGACUCCAAAAUUACGGAUUUCGGAAAAAUAUUGCAUUUGGCGAGUUCUAGAAGUGGUUAAAAUUAAAUUCCAUUUCAAACCUUUAGAAGCAGCGCAUUUAGGUUCCUGUGUACGCCGAGAAAAAUAACAGCUUGAAAUAAGCUAAAGGUUUGAAACACUCACUAGUUAUUUUUGCCACCCUGUGACAAUUUCAGUUACUGUUUUUAUAAUUCAUAUACCUGUUUUUGUAGAGCAAAUAAAUCUUGAUAUUUAUAAAAA